UUCUUGUUUUCUUUGAUAACUCUUAUAAUUUUAUAGCUUAUAUUAAUUAUCAUUGUUUUUCUCUUUUAUUCUCUUUAUUUUCAGUUAUCAUUAUGUCAUUGUCCACAGGAUCUAUUCAGUCUAUCAUUUCUGGUCGAUUUAUUUUAAAUCCUAAAUUACAGUUGGUCAGUAUUUCCAUGGGUGAUGAAGCUCAUCGUUAUUGCCAGAUCUCUGAUGGUAUUGAUUCUCAUCCUUGUGUUAUCUCCAUUGUUUCUGGUCUGGUCUUGCGAGAAGGAUUAGUUAUUCAGUUGAAGAAUUACUUGUAUCAUUUUUCUCUUCAAUUCAAUAAGAAUAUUAUUGAGAUAAUUAAUUUUGAUAUUCCUGAUGUUGAACCUGGUAUUCAGGACUCAGUUCCUCCAGCAUCUGACACUGAUCUGUUAAACCUUUCAAGUUCUGCCACUCAUCAACUGGAUAUAAAUAAUGAAGAUAUCAGUGCCCAGGAUUUAUCAUCUGACACUGAUCUAUUGAACCUUUCAAGUAAUGCCACUCAUCAGCUGGAUAUAAGUAAUGAGGAUAACAGUGCCCAUGAUUUAUCAUCCAAUAUUGCUCUGGACAGAUCUCCUUCUGAUCAUACUUCUGUUAUUUCCCGUCCAUCAAUUUUAUCUAAUAUAUCCCCGGUGUCAGCUACUUCUGGAUCUUCUUUACCCGUAAUUACCCCUACAAAGAGAUUAGCUGAUUCUAUUUCACCUUAUUCCCUUGUUUUUACCCCAGCUUCAGCUCUUUAUGCCAAGAGAAGCAAAAAUUUAUUUCUCGAACCUAUUCCUAUUAAGGAUUUAUCUUUUCAACUCUCAUGGAAGAUUAAGGGUCGAGUUAUCAGAAAAGGAGGUCUUGGAAAUAUGAAGUCUGGGAAUUGGCACUGGUUUUGUUUCGAGGUGUCUGAUUUAUCUGGUACUAUCAAGAUUAAUGCCUUCAAGCAAGAGAGUACCAGAUUUUUUGACGUGAUAAAACUUGGUAAAGUUUUUUCUAUUUCCAAUGGAGAUCUUGUCCCAGUGGACUCAUCUAAGUUACCUUAUAACCGCACUGGUCAUCCUUAUGAGAUAACUUUAAAAAAUACCAGUGUUAUUCGGGAGGAGACCAAUUUUAACGAGGAAGAUUACCCCAAUGCUACUUUUGUCAAGAUCUCUUCUUUAAAGAAUAUGUCCCCUGGUGCUGUUAUAGAUACUCUAGGUGUCUGUAUUUUUUCUACCCUGAUAAGUAAUGGAUCUCGUCGCUCCGUUUUGAUCUUGGAUGACUCAGCUGCUGAGAUCCGAGUAUCCGUUUGGAAUUUGUCUCCUAGUGAUUUUAAUCCUGCUAUUGGAUCUGUUAUUGUUCUUAGAGGAGCUAAGCUCACACAUCAAUUCUUCGGACGUAUUCUUACUAUAUCUAGUGUUGCUACUGUCGAAGUGGAUCCAGAUAUCCCUGAGGUUCACUCUCUUUUGGAAUGGUUUAAAACUCAUGGAGCUACCAGUUCUUCUACUUCUUUAUCCAGAGGUUUUGUUGGGGAGACUUCGCUAAUCAAUUCCCUACCUUUAUCACUUCAGAGUAACGUUAUUAUGUUUACUAAUCUGGAAGUCUCUGUUCGUUCUGGCAGUGGAUAUAUUUAUCAAGCUCAUACCGAUUGUGGUAAGAAGGUCCAGAUUUAUAAAGGUAAUAUACCUGUCUGUGAGGAGUGCAAGGAUACUCGUCCUGAUUUAUUACAUCAGCUUGUUAUUACUCUCCAAGUAUCUGAUUCUUCUGGUCAAGCUGAAGUGGUUGCUUUUACCGAUGUUGCCUUGGAGCUUCUAAAUAUCACUCUGGAUGAUGUCCCAGGAAUUACUAAUGAUGAUAUUACCUCAGCUUUGAAUAGUUUUACUGAUAAAAACUUCAAGUUUUGUGUUAAGUCCCGGGAAACAUUUUUCCAUGGAAAGUCUCACAUACAGCACUCCAUAAAGUAUUUCACUAAGAUCAAUAGUCCUGAGAUUUAAUAUAUUUAUUCUUAUUAAGCAUAAAAGAAGAAGUUUCUCAUUUUUCACAUAUCACUUUAUUCUUGACCUCAUAUUUUCCUUUCAAUUUUGUAGUACCUGUUAAUUUUUGACUCUUCUUCACUGAUCUGGCUUUAUAUCUCUUUCAGAUAUUUCAAUAAAGUUUUAUUUAUGUAUCUUUUUUGUUUCAAUCUGUCAUUUUAUUCAUUCGGUGA